CGCAUGCGCCAGGUGCGCCGGGUCUGCAGCUAGCUGUGAUAGCAGAGCCAGAAGAACGCUCUGUGAUGACCAGAUUUUUAAAAUAGACAACAAUAGAAACCAGCAGAGGCAGGAACGCGUUCAUAGAAAGACCCGGAAGUAAAAACCUACAGAAUAACGACACCGUUCACUUGUUGACGGUAAAACUGUGCUUCCGUUUUUCCUCUGGACUGUUGUUGGACAUGUCUUUGUCCUGAAGAGCAGAGAGGUACAGACCGUCAGCUGCCAGGACAACAUGUCACAGGUGAAGUUAGCRAAGCCCAAGGACAAGUGUGAGAAUUGUACCAAACAGUGCAACAAGAAACAGACUGAAGAUGGUUCUGUAGAGAACACAGACAGUGAAGAGGUCAACGGGCAGCUGAAGGAAGGAGCAGCACAGCUGCUGCUCAGUGCCUGUCUGUCCUGUGAUGGCUGCCUGUCAGAGGAGGACACCCUGAAGAUCUCUCAGCAGAACCUAGAGGAGCUGGAGCGCCUUCUGGACCUCAACAAGAGGUGUGACUCGUCCAAACACAAGGUGCUCGUGGCGUCUUUAUGUCCACAAUCGCUGCCUUUCUUUGCCGUGCAGUUUGGUGUGGGGAUCACCGAGGCUGCGCACAAGCUCUGCGGCUUCCUCAAACACCUGGGUGUACAGUUUGUGUUUGACACCACGCUGGCAGCAGGCUUCAGUAUCUUGGAGACUCAGACAGAGUUUAUUCACAGAUACCGCAGGAGGCACCACGACUGCCAUGCUUUACCCAUGUUCACCUCCUCAUGCCCAGGUUGGAUUCGUUACUCAGAACGGAUCCUGGGCAGUUUGGUCACGCCUCAUAUCUGCACAGCCAGGUCUCCUCAGCAGAUUAUGGGCUGUUGGGUCAAAGAUUACUUCUCUAAACAGCAGAAGCUGAGUCCAGACAAGGUUUAUCACGUGGUGGUGGCGCCCUGCUUCGAUAAGAAGCUGGAAGCUGUCAGAGAGGAGUUUUACAACAGUCUAAUGGAGACGAGGGACGUUGACUGUGUCCUCACCUCACGAGAAAUUUAUCAGCUAAUGGAGAAAAGAAAGAUGUCAUCAGAGGAGUUGGACUCAGUUCCACUGGACCAAAUGCUGGGAGACUGUGGAGAAGUGUCACUGGUGAGGCAUGACGGUCGAGGCUCUGAGGGCUUCCUGGAGCACGUGUUCAAACACGCUGCUAAAGAGCUGUUUGGUCUGGAUGUGCAGGAAAUCACAUACAAAACUCUCAGGAAUCGGGACUUCCAGGAAGUGACCCUGGAGCGGGACGGGGAAACUCUCCUGCAGUUUGCUGCCGUUUAUGGUUUCCGGAACAUCCAGACCCUGGUUCAUCGAAUGAGAAAGGGUCGUGUUCCUUACCAGCUGGUGGAGGUCCUGUCCUGCCCAGGAGGGUGCUUGAGUGGCCGAGGUCAGGCAGAGAGCGAGGCGGAAGGUCGGGUCGAUAAAGCUCUGGUCCAGCAGAUGGAGGAAGUCUACAGCAGCAUGCCGGUCCGACUGCCAGAACUGAACCCUGCCCUGAAAACCCUGUAUGAGGACUGGCUGCAGGGCCAGAACUCUCUGGAGGCCAGCAAACUGCUGCACACCGAGUACAGAACUCAGAACCAGGUCCAGACACAGCCCCCUCACAUGCAGUGGUGAGAAGACUCACAGGGUCUGGUUCAGAUUCUGCUAGAACCCACUCACAAGUUGGCCUGGACCAGUGAAGGACAAACUGUAGAUCUGUUAGCUUAUGAUAGGUCAUUUGGUCAWGGGGGGGACGUUUUUCUUAAUAAAAGGAGGCAUUCCAGAGUCCAGAAGA